CAAAGGAAACAUUUUAAUUUCGGAAGAAACAAACACAAUGGUUUUCGAGAUGAAAAAUGUCCGAUUGUUUUUGGUUUUAAAAAUAUUUUUCUCAAUCAAUGUGAUUCCAGUUAAGUGUACCAGCUACUGCUACUGCUACUACAACUACUAUUAUUCAGGAUAUAGAGAGACCUGCUACUACUACUACUAUUACUACUACUACAGCGGGGGCCCGACGUCAGGCGCGAUUGCCGGAAUUGUGGUCAACAGUGUUUUUAGUUUUAUCGGGUUCGUGUGUCUCGUGAAAAACUGCGUCAAAGUCUGUAAAGAGCCGAACCAUGUUCCAAUGGAUGUCCGGCCAGCACCACCAGCACAGACAACGGUCUCCUACAUCGAUACUACGUAACAUGAUCAUGGAGUGUGUGUGCUAUACCAGCCGCCCCCGAAUCCUGUCUAUCCACCUCCGUACCACGCAAACCCGUCAGUAUCCACUCUCACUAUAUUAAUCAAUGUGAGCCCCCUCCAAGAAGAUGUGUGAAUGCUUUAUUGUGAGAAUAACUUGGCAAUAUGAAAUUAUGUUGUCACCAAUAAUUAUAUUUGCACAACAGGAUUUAGAUAGAUUCUGUGAAAUAGUGUAAUUCA